AUGUCUGACAAGAACACCUCCACCCUCCAGUCCUUAGUCGACUCUGCCUCAAGCACCGUGCAGUCAGCCAUCGGCUCUCUGACCGGCAACACCGGCGACAAAGCCGCCGCCAACCGCAAACAAGCCGAAGCGGACGCAAAAGACGACCUCUCCCACGCAACCGCCAAAGCCGGUCCCUUCACCGCCACCACCUCCGGCGUCGCAGCCGACAACCAGGACCGCACGAAAGGCUCGUGGGACCAGACAAUCGGCUCAGGCAAGGAGACGCUGGGUAACCUGAUCGGCAACCAGUCGCUCAAGCAGUCCGGAGCCGAACAGAACCAGGCGGGCAAGGCGCGCGAGGCGCAGGGCCAGCUCAGCGAUCUGGGAUCUGGCCUUGGCGAUCGCAUUGGUGGCAGCGUGGGCGGUGCUGUCGCGGGCUUGACCGGGAAUGAGCAGCAGAAGCGCGCGGCGCAGGAGCAGCAUGAUAAGGGAAAGACGCUGCAGAGGGGCGUUGAGGCGGAUCUGGAUAAGCAGGCGAGGUCUUAA